CUGGCAUUGUGCGAAGACGUCGUCGUCGUCGAGCUGUUGGCGGAUCGUUGUGUUUAUUAUUUUUAACGUGUCUCGACUAAGAAAUAGAAAAAUUGUGCCAAUUUUUUUUUUUUUUAUAAAUUAAUUAUAAACAACCAAACACACACACGCACUUUUUAGCAAAAUGAAUACCUUGGCUCUAAUAGCCUUUGCAUUAUGGGCUCUGUUUAUGCGUUGCUUGCCCAAAAUUAUGGAAUUCAUAAAAUUGAGGCAAUGGUCGUCAUCGAUACCGGGUCCAACGAUAAGUGAACUCAUUGAAAAUGUUAAAAAAGGACAAAUCCUUUCAUGGUUCAAGGAGCUGCGUCAGAAACACGGUUCCACAUUUCGCAUUUGGUUUGGUAAAGAUUUGAUGGUAUUCUUUACGGAUCCAGAGGAUAUUAAACAGCUGUUGGGCAACAAUAAUCUGCUGUACAAGUCAAGCAAUUAUAAAAUUGUAACUCCCUGGUUGGGCAAUGGUCUUCUCACCAAUGGGGGCGAGUCAUGGCAUACUAGGAGAAAGUUCCUUACACCGGCAUUCCAUUUUCGCAUUUUGAGCGAAUUUAAAGAACCCAUGGAGGAGAAUUGUCGAAUUUUGAUGAGGCGUUUGGAUGAAAAGGUUGAGGGUGGGGAAUUUGACAUUUAUCCGUAUAUUACACUGUUCGCCUUGGAUGUGAUAUGUGAGACGGCCAUGGGCAUUAAGAAGAAUGCACAAAUGCAAUCGGAAUCGGAGUAUGUGAAGGCGGUGCAGCAAAUUUGCCAUAUUCUACACAAGCGCUCAUUUUCGUUUUGGCAAAGAAACAACAUCUUCUUCAAAUUCACCCAAGAUGGCCGUAAACGUGAUGCCUGCUUGAAGAUUCUGCAUGACGAAACGGAUCGUGUCAUCAAGCUGAGGCGAAAAAUGUUGGAAGAUUCCAAAAUCACAAGUAUGCUAGAGGCCGAAAAAUCCUGCGAUAGUUUUGGACAAAAGAAACGUUUCGCCUUCUUGGAUAUGCUGCUGAUAUCCCAAAUGGAAGGUGUCCCCCUGACCGAUCGUGAAAUACGCGAAGAAGUUGAUACAUUUAUGUUUGAAGGCCACGAUACGACAAGUUCGGCAAUUGGUUUUGCCAUCUAUUUGCUAUCACAACAUGCCGAGGUACAAAAGCAGGCCUAUGAAGAAGCUGUGGCUUUUGAAGGUCGGGAAAAGGAAUCAAUGCCGUACUUGGAGGCAAUUAUAAAGGAAACUCUGCGUUUAUAUCCCUCGGUGCCAUUCUAUUCGCGAUCGGUCAAGGAAGAUUUACAGGUGGGACAAAUUACGGUGCCGAAGGGUGCCAGUGUCAGUAUUUUAUCCUAUAUGGUGCAUCGCGAUGAGCAGUACUACCCGGAGCCCGAGAAAUUCGAUCCAUCAAGAUAUUUCAAAAAUGAAAAAGAUCUACAUCCAUUCAGCUUUGUGGCCUUCAGUGCCGGGCCACGUAAUUGCAUUGGUCAAAAGUUCGCCGUGCUGGAGUUGAAGUGCAGUCUCUCACAUCUUUUGCGUAAUUUUGAAUUUCUACCAGCCAAAGAUUUUAAACCCAACCCCUUGCCGGAGCUGGUAAUGAAGAGUGGAAAUGGUAUUAAAGUCUGUGUUAAACGUCGCUGAAGAACUCAGUUGGCAUUGGUUUUUGAAACGUUGUAAUUGUUGGCAUAAGUGCCAAAAUGUGAAGUUAUAUUCCAAACAAAUGUAAUUAUG